UUUUACGUUUCAGUGUCACCUGGCCACCGCACCGGCACCGGCACCCGACGACUACGACGACGACGACUAUUACACUAUACGCGGUACGACACACACGCGCCGCGAAAAUAAUAAUAAUAAAAAUAAUAAAAAGGAGGAAAAAAAAUUACGCCGCAGCAGCACGCACGCGGGAUAUACACUCGUCGCUCCGCCGCCACCGCCACCGCCGCCGCCGUCGCAGUCGCAAUCGCCGUCGCCGUGGUUGUCCGCUGUCGUCCGUCGUCCGUACAGCACUGCACGCGCGCGCGCCCGGCAAGCACACGCGGACCGACCGACCCCUCUGCCCACCGCCGGACCGACUACGCAUCACGCGGGGGAGAGAAAUUUUUUUUUAUUAUUAUUUUCUCGCCGGACCAGAGAGAUUUUACUCGAAUUUUUCUACACGCCGCCAUAACGAUUAACGCGAUUUUUGUCUGUUUGAUUUUUUUAUUUUUAUCGUGUCAUUUGCUCAAGUAUAAUAAUAAUAGUAUAUACCACAGUGCUUUUAUCCGCAACGCCGAACACGCACCCGCGACAUGCCAACGCCGCGUACCGUGAGUGCCGAUCGCCCCACGUCGACCGUUUUGCGAUUUUUGCGGAUUUUCGCCGAUUCUUAGUUUUGUAUACUUACAUCAAUUUUUUUUUUUAUGUUUUCCGAGUGAGUGAGUGAGUGACGCGCUCGUUAAAACGCCGGUCGUAUUGCCGGUAUAUACGCACCUGUAUAUAUUAAUUUUGACAUUUACGAACGGUUUUUUUUAGUAAUAUUUAUUUGUUGUUAUUUAUUUAAAUUUUUUUGUUGUUUUUUUGCGGUAAAACCGUACAAAAAUUUCACUGUUAAAAUUCUCACUGUUUGUGCAAGUGUCGUGGAAGCAGGACGUGAGAGUGAUUGUACACCACGAUCGGCUGUUACUGUUGAAUGGUGACAAUGGCCGAUACGGGAUUGUUGGCUGCACCCGCGGCGGCGGCAGCCCGGCACAGCAAAGUGCAAACGCCGCCGCUGAGCGUGUUCUCGUCGGCCGAGGACACGGAUUCGGAGGCCGAAGCCGAUCGAACCCGUGACGAGGAAGACGAUGACGACGAUCACCAACACAAACACCAACACCAUCACCACCUCCAGCAGCAGCAGCAACAACACCACCGCCGCCGUCAGCGUCAACUGCAGCAGCAGCAACACGCACUGCAGCAACAGCAGCCCGUUUGCUUGGCAGCCAGAUCAAACGCGCCCGCCGUCAACCACAACAACAACAACAACAGCAACAGUAACAACAACAACAACAAUAUUAACAAUAAUCACAGUACGCGGAACAAGCGGAAAAAUUUCCAGCCGCGAAACAUCAGCUAUACGCAGGACGCGGCUGAAGACGGUUGUGAUGGCGGCAAUGGGGGCGCCGGCGGAGACUCGGCAGCGGCCGGCGGCGACUCGACCGCGGCCGCAGUGCUCGACUUGAGCGCGUGCACCGGGUCCACCGUGGCCAAGCGGCCGCGCGUCGACGACGGUUCCGCACCGAUGGAUCUCACGUGCGCCGUAGCACAGCCCCCAUCGGCUGGCGCGGUACCAACGGACAAGCGCCCGUCCACCGUCGCUGCGGCAGCAGCAGCCGCUGCCCAUGGAGUCCAGCACCUGCUAGCGGCCGCGGCCGCCGCUGCCGGCCACCACCAACACCACCAGCCACACGAAGCGACCGACUUAAAGGAGUAUGCCCAGAACACAGUCCGCGAGCUGCUGGAAAUCUACGGGCUCAACACUGACGUGGCCGACGCCAUCACCAACAACGUGCCGAUGGUUAACUUCUCUACCGGUCGUAUAUUGGAAUCGUUGGCUGCCAGAGGCGUGGGUCUGUAUCCGGCCCUGGGUCUGCCAUUGCUUGCUGCUCAACACCACAAACCGGCUAGUAUCUCGUCUGCCAGUCCCAGGUCCAGCCCAGCGAAUUCAGCUCCAUCUUCGCCAACGCAAAAGCACGUCUCACCGUCUGUCAUCGUACCUUUGCCACCGAUACACAGGGACACGGCUGGUACCACAGCUGCGAUGACGUCACUAGGCAUUCAGACCCUGUCACCGCACUCGGCAGUCACCACUCCGCUCACGGUGCCGACGCCGACCUACGCCAAUACCCAAGAUAACGGAAUAUCAAAACGGUCUCUGAGCCCGUUGGCGCUGACUACCACCAGAUCUGAAUCGCAGACAACCGGAGUUUCCUCAAUAGCUUCGGCCCUCAAUAACGUCACCAUGGUAUUGCAAGGGGCUUCGUCCACCGUUGGUGGCGGUGGUGGAGGUAGUGGUUGCUCAACGCCGACCAGUGGCGAUUACUCACGUUACGUGAGGAGAUUCAGUAGCUGUCAGGAAUGUGGAUCUGCCCGGUGCAGAGAUUUGAACUACAGAGAGCACUUCCAUUGUCUUGACUGCAAUUCGAGAGUGUUCGUCAAGAAAGAAGAAAUGAUCAGACACUUCAAGUGGCACAAAAAGAGGGAUGAGAGCUUGCAACAUGGUUUCAUGAGAUACUCGCCUAGUGAUGACUGUUCGGACAGAUAUCAGGGAUGCAGUCACAACCGCAAGCAAACACAUUAUCAUUGCAUUCAAGGCACCUGUGAUAAAGUCUAUAUAAGCACAUCCGACGUGCAAAUGCAUGCCAACUAUCACAGAAAAGAUUCAGCUAUAAUACAAGAAGGGUUUCAAAGACUCAGAGCCACGGAAGAAUGUCGGACACCGUACUGCGCGUUCUACGGUCAGAGAACUACUCAUUUUCACUGCAGACGUGAUCACUGCCAGUUUACAUUCAAAAACAAAGCUGACAUGGAAAAACAUAAAACCUAUCACAUCAAGGACGAACAAUUAGCGAGGGACGGGUUCAAGAAGUUUAUGAAACCUGACCCAUGUGGUUUUUCCAACUGCCGGUUCUCUCAAGUGUGUAAUCACAUCCACUGUGUGAGGGACGGGUGCAACUACGUUCUGCACUCCAGUGGACAGCUGCUGAGCCACAAGCGGAAGCACGAGCGCAAGGACAGCGAAAUUGCGUACCGAAAGUUCAAACUGGCCCAACAAGCCGUUAUGAACAUGGCUGGAAGUGGUGGCGGCGGCGGUGUCGUCGGUGGCGUCGUGGUCGGUGGCGGCGUUGGCGCCGGCAACCCACCGGACCAGGUUAGCGACGAUGAAUGGGUGCCAUGGGACGGGAGGCGAGUGGCUCACGGUGCGGCGGCCGGGACAGAUUCGCAAAUGAACGAGCUGUCGAUAUCACCCAGCAGCUCGCUGCAGUUCCUCCACCAGCAGGCCAACUCACUGGCCUCUCUGUCCGCACUUGCCGCGCAGGCCGGUGACGCGGCUAGCUACAGUAACAGCUCGAGUGACGGAGGCGGCGGUCCUAUGUCGCCACUGUCCUCCACGCAGCGGGCCCCGUCCAAGAUGAGCGGUGGUCAAGGAUUCUUCACAGACAACUCGUCAACCGGUGGCGCGGACGGUGGGUCGCCCGAAGACGUGGAGAUGUGGCCCAGAUACCUGACCCGGUUCAAACCGAACACGUGCACCGGUGGGUCUGGUUGCGCAAUGUCCGAAAUCGAUCAUUUCCACUGCAAAGAGCCCAACUGCGAAUCGCCCGUCAAAACUCAAGACGCAGCUGAGACGCACGCUCGUAACCACGACAACCAGGAACGGAUCAACGAGAGUUUUUACCCAGGCGGGCCGGCCUACUGUCAGGACACGUGUACCAAGGACCAACAUUUCCAUUGCGUUUUGGAAGGAUGUUACGAGGCGGUACUGCCGUCGGAGCGCGGCGAGCACAUCAAAAGUCACGACGUCCCGUACGGCCAGUACAAUUCGUUGGACGCUCUGUUCAGGAGGAAGCGCGGCCGACCCCCAAAGAACCGGGUGAUCGAAGUAUGGAAUGACUAUGCGGGUGGGUCCACCGGAGAUUCCCCGCAGGCCAUAUUCACCAGUUUCAAAUUGCCCAAGCCAUCGCAGUUGUCGGGACAGUCGCAACAGUCGGAAGAUGCGGAAGUCCCCACCCAGACCACGCUGGAACAACACUGUUUUGAAGAAUAUCGAUACGGUUGUCCGGACAAUCUCUGCAAGUACACAAGCGAAGGCGUCGCGUUGCACUAUCACUGCCGUCGGCCACGAUGCUUUUUCGCCACUGAUAACGACGAAGAGUUACAAGCGCAUUCCACGCAUUUCCAUGACAACGUCACCAUAAUGGAGGGAUUUUUGUUCUUCGACCGAUCGGUCGACUGCCGACUAGACACGUGCGCAAAUAAUACGAUCAACAAGCAUUUUCACUGCGUGAGAGCUGGAUGCGGUUACUCGUUCACCAGAUACACACAGAUGGCUCAACAUUUAUUACAACAUCAGGCCACCGCUGGUUUGCAGAUAUCUGAGAAAUUAGAAACUCAAAUCAAAGAAGAGAUCUUGUCUCCGACGAGGCCCCAAGCCACCCCUUCGCCGUCUGAUUCAGCUACGAGCCAACGGUCGACAACUGUGGUGAAGGCUUCGGGCACUUUCUACCCUAUGAGCGGCCUAUCGAACGCUAAGAGUUCCUCUCCAAAUUUUUCAGACCCUGCAACCCUGACAGAAAAACCUAAAACAGAUUCCAGUUUGAGUAUCGAACCGGUCGUGACUAUUCAAGUUUUACCAGAGUGGAUGAGUUUAGAACGGCAUGAGAAAUACGGACCCGAGCAACCCUGUAGCCGAGCUUUCUGCAAGCUCAAACGAAAAGAACAUUAUCACUGUAAUGCGUGCAAUCAGGCUUUUUCGGAAUUGGACAAGCUCAAGCCGCACAUCAUCAAACACACGCCGGGCGCCUUACCAACGUUUAUGCAAAAAACAGAGAACAUCAACAACAACAACAACAACGACGAUACAGAAGAGAUCGCACAGCAUCCACCCGCACUGACAAUGAUGCCGAUCUCAGGCGACAGCAACUCGGCCGCUGGUAUGCCACACUCACCGUAUCCACCGGGAUUCGGUGCAGCCAUGGCGGCCGCUAUGGCCAACCAACAGUUUGCGUCUCUGAUGACGUCCCAAGGGUUGCCUUUCAUGCCACACGCCAUCCAAGCCAUGUACUCGUCUCCGACCAGCCUAAUGUUCGCUCCACCACCCGGCUUCAACCACCACCAGACCAUGCUGGCGGCGGCCGGCCACAAUGGGCUGCUGAACCACCAUCGUGGCGGCGAAGCGGCUGGCGGCAGCGACGGGACAGCCGCCGCAGCGCCACAUCACCACGGCAACCGGCCGGUGUCGCCGUCGCGUGACAUGAGCCCUGAAAUGAGGAAGGCACGCGUCCAGAACUCGAUGCGCAUCCUCAAGGACGAACCGGUUCCCGAGGGAUACCUGCGGUUCAGAUUCAACGAGGACUGCCAUUACGCGCAUUGCGGCUACAGGGAGCACCAGACGCAUUUCCACUGCAUGCGCCAGGACUGCGGUUACAGUUUUUGUGACAAGACCAGAUUCGUGCAGCACACGGCCAGACACGAGAGACUCGACACUUUGAUGGGAGGUGACUUCCAGCAAUACAGAGCCAACGUGUCGUGUGGACGAGCAGAGUGCACUUACAUUUCUGCUAUAAGUACCGGUCAAAAUAAGGCGUCGCACUUCCACUGUCUCAAGUGCGAGUUCGUGUGCACCGACACCAACAAAGUGGUGGCUCACCGGCGCCAGCACCAGAAGCUCGACUCCAUCAUGGCCGCGGGCUUCGAGAAGUUCACCCCGGCGCAGGCGUGCGGCCAGCCCGGUGGUUGCGUGCACUCCGGCAAGCAGACCCACUACCACUGCUUGAGCUGCCAGUACGCCGUGCUCGGCCUGUCCCAGAUGACGGCCCACAAGUACCGGCACAUGGAAUGAUGCAUCACCGCACGAUCGACGGUUACAGAUCUGCUCGCGCCUCCCUCUCUCUAUAUAUUAUAUAAUGUAUAUAUCAGUUCCUAUAAAGACGUACAUAUAAAUAUUACAAUAAUAUUAUUAUGUACUCGUGUCGAUGUCGGCGGCGUGUCCAUCGCGAAUGACAAAGGCGGUAAUGCCAAUAAUUCGUUGUUAAAAAAAUAUUGUUACGAUCGACAGGUGCCACGAGAUGGAUAUAAUGACAUAAAAAUAUGUAAUCGAAUUUUUAGUAUAUUUUUGAAUGUAAAUAG